AUGACCCGUAGACAGCUCAUAACGCCAAUACCUGCGACAAAGCCAUUCCAGCUUCCGGAGCCAAAAGAGAUCCAGACGAUCCAGACCACUAUUCAAACAUUCACAGCAGACCUUGCCGACAUCCAGUCCUUCCUGAGCAUCUCGUUUAGCCCAACUCGUGCCAAAAAAGUCGAAGAAUUCCUCACAUCAACUCUUGCGUCUCUUUCUAAAAGCUUCGAAUUCGAUCGUCUUCGUCAGAAUGAGCAAGUGGAUUAUCUUCUUCUGCAAUCCCACAUCAGAAGACUGCUCCAUCUGCACAAGGUUACAACCGAGAAGGUCCACACAGCCAAGGAACUUGGUUUUUUCGGAGACUGGGUCGACGUCUGUAUUAACUUUGUCGAAAUGAGACAUAAUGUUGGCAGACAGAGCGGACGACAGAUUGCUACUGCGUUGCAAAGCGCUGAGCAAGGCGUCGAUCAGCUGCUAUGCUUACUCGAUUCCAAAGGUGGUUUUGGAGACAGUAAGGAGCGGUUCAUCAUGUUCUGGACGAUUGCCAAAUUCGAAGAGUUGCAAAGGGCACUAAAAGAAGCAGUUGGGUUUUACCAAGGCUAUGAUCCUGUCAUCUCGUGGUGGAUUGAGAAGCCUUGGGAGGUCUUGAGUACCAAACUGACUGCUUUGACUUUGGCUUUAGGUAAGAAAACUGGAAUCGAUGGAUCUGGGAGUGCAGAUGAUAUCGUCGGUGACCCAAUUGGUCGUGAGGCACUGCUGCAAGAGCUUGAGGCGGAGUGGGUCGCUUAUACCCCUGAGGAGCUUGUGCGGAUAGCUGAAGAAGAGUUCAAGUGGUGUGAGGACGAGAUGGAAAAAGCGAGCACGGCGUUAGGAUUCGAUCGACGUCAAGAGGCUUUGGAGCAUGUCAAAAACACGUUUGUAGAGCCCGGCGAACAGACUCUUGUUGUCCGCGAUCUCGCCGACGAGGCAACUGCCUACGUUGAGAGACACGACCUCAUAACUGUCCCGACUGUGGCUAAAGACUACUGGAAGACGACCAUGAUGACGUCCGCCCGCCAAAGAGUCAAUCCUUUCUUCCUCGGUGGCGAGCAAAUCAUCGUCUCCUACCCAACUAGUAGUAUGAGCCAUGAAGAUAAAUUGAUGAGCAUGCGCGGCAACAAUCCUGCAUUCUCUCGCUCCACAGUCCACCACGAGCUCAUUCCGGGCCACCAUCUUCAAUUCUACUACAUGGACCGCUAUCAUCCGCACCGCAGUGUCUUCCAAACACCCUUCUGGAUCGAAGGCUGGUCUGUAUACUGGGAACUGCUGCUGUGGCAGCGCGGCUUUCCAUCAGAGAUCAGUCAGGAAUGGGCAACGAACGAAGCCGCAAAUCGCAUUGGGAUGCUCUUCUGGCGGAUGCACCGUUGCGCUCGCAUUAUAUUUUCGAUCAGGUUUCAUCUCGGACAGAUGACGCCUCAAGAGUGCAUCGAUUUGUUAGUGACAAGGGUAGGACAUGAGCGUGCCACGGCCGAAGGCGAAGUUCGAAGGUCCUUCGCUGGCGAGUAUCCGCCUCUGUACCAAGCGGGCUAUCUGCUAGGGGCGUUUCAGUUCCAGAGACUGCGAAAGGAACUUGUUGAAGAUUCUGAAGGCCCGAGGUGGAAGGAGAAAAGCUUCCACGAUGCUGUCAUGCGGGAGAACAACGUCCCGAUCGAGAUUUUGAGGGCGAUGUUUAGGGGAGAGAAGCUCAGCGUUGACAUGAAGGCACAGUGGAGGUUUAAAGACUAG